AUGAAUGCCGAAGGCGGUUAUGGUCUGAGUACAACCCCAGCGUUUGUAGUGGUAAAGAAGUCCAUACACGGCUUCAACUUUCUACAGACUAGGAAGAGGUAUUACAGAAACAGUAUCAGUUUAUUGAACAGUGCUACAGAGAAGUGGAAUGCAGAGCCAGUCCAGCCCAGUUUUAUUAUUUGGCAGCUCACAAUAUUUCCUAUGUUCAUUGAAACUACAGGAAUGAAACAGCGGUUUGUCGAGUUCAAUGGAGGAUUCAGCAGAGUGCAGCUUGACUGGUUAAACAAUGUUCUCACUUUUGCAGAUAAUAACCAAGAUAGGUUACUGAGAGGGCUUCAACUGGGUGUAGCACUGCAAAAUGACAAGGCCACCAGUGAUAUUAUUCCUAGCUUUAUAGAUGUUUACUUUGUGUCAUCUGCUUUGAAGAUGAUAGAGAAAUACAGGUUUCAACUAAAUGGGCAUCUGUUAAGCUUUAUCAUUUGUAAUCUUACCCAGGUCACCUUCCCAUAUACCCAGCCUCUACAAACCCCAUCUGUCUUGCACUCCCAUCAGUGUGUGGUGUGUUUCAUGGCAGGCCAUGAUCAUGACGAUGGUUACUGCGUGGAUGAGUGUGGAAUACAUCACCUUACAUUGGAAGGGGCGAUUGAAACACCACCAGACAGCAAAAAUAUAUCAAACUUAUCAGUGUAUUAUUUAUUAUGCACUUGCAUAUUUUUUCUUUCAGUUGACAUGGAAAUUACUAUUUUAUAAAAAAAAUGUCAUUCUAACUGUAAAUAAAAACUUGGUGUAGGUGUGAAAUAUUAGUUCUCAAGUAAUGCAAUAUUCUUUUUUAGAUUCACGUUGCACCAUUUUCUCUUUGUCAUCACAUUUUACUGACUUUUUAUACUCAAGAAAUGUGAGCCCCUGUGACUUCCAUCUACAAUAUAGCUCUUAGAAUCAUGUCAAACCUCCAAACACUUCUA